UACAAACCGGACUUGGUGUCUUACACAACCCAGUCCUUUCUUCAUUCUGCUUGCAUUUGCUCGCCGGUGUGUGAAAGCCCCUCACGUUUCUCAUUUUUUAAUUUUUUUUCCAGUCAAUCGCUGCUUAGGAAAUGAGCGGGGAUCAUUCCCACAACGAGGACCAGAUUGACAGUGGCUCUCGCGUCAACGAUUCCCACAAGCAUAAAGACAAAUAUAAAGAACACAAACACAAGGACCAUAAGAGGGAUAAGGAACGGGAAAAACUAAAGCAUGGCAACGGUGACCACUCAACUGACAAAAAACACAGAGACAAAGAUAAGGAAAGGAUCAAGCACAAAGAUGGCAGCACAGAUAAAUACAAGGACAAGCACAAGGAGAAGAAGAUAAAAGUCAUUGAUGGAAAAGUCAAAAAGGAGAAAGAGAAUGGUUUUGCCAGCCCACCGCAUGUUAAGUGUGAACCUGAGGAUGACUUUUACCACUCUCCUAAACACGAGAAGUCUCUAAAGAGAGAGCGGGAUGAUGACGAUGAUUAUGACUUUAAGGCCAAAAAAAUAAAGACAGAAAAUGACAAGAAGGACAAGAAAAGGAAACAAACCGAGGAUGUCAAGUCUAAAAAGACUAAAGAUAAAAAAGGAGAAACUGCUGAUGGAAAAAAGAAAGCAAAAAAGGAACCAGAGGAGAAGUGGAAAUGGUGGGAAGAGGAGAGGUACACUGAUGGUGUCAAAUGGAAAUUUCUGGAGCACAAAGGACCAGUUUUUGCACCACCUUAUGAGCCCCUCCCCAGCAACGUCAACUUCUACUAUGAUGGUAAGCAGAUGAAGCUCAGUCCAGAGGCAGAAGAGGUGGCCACAUUCUUUGCCAAAAUGCUAGACCACGAGUACACCACAAAGGACAUCUUUCGCAAAAACUUUUUUAAAGAUUGGCGUAAAGAAAUGACCUCUGAGGAGAAGGCUAAGCUCACAGACUUGAAGAAGUGCAACUUCUCCGAGAUGGCGGAAUACUUCAAGGCUCAAUCUGAAGCGAGGAAGGCCAUGUCCAAGGAGGAAAAACUGAAAAUUAAAGAGGAAAAUGAGCGCAUUUUGCAAGAGUACGGCUUCUGCAUCAUGGACAACCACAGGGAACGCAUCGCCAACUUCCGCAUCGAGCCUCCCGGUCUGUUCCGCGGUCGUGGGGACCAUCCCAAAAUGGGCAUGCUUAAACGGCGAAUCAGACCUAAAGAUAUCAUCGUCAACUGCAGCAAGGACUCCAAGCACCCACAGCCUCCCCCGGGCACUAAAUGGAAAGAGGUUCGUCACGACAACAAGGUGACAUGGCUGGUGUCGUGGACUGAGAACAUCCAAGGCUCCAUAAAGUACAUCAUGUUGAACCCCAGCUCGAGGAUUAAGGGGGAGAAAGACUGGCAGAAAUAUGAAACGGCCCGUAGACUAAAGAAAUGUGUGGACCGCAUCAGAACCCAGUAUCGCGACGACUGGAAGUCCAAGGAGAUGAGAAUCCGACAGAGGGCCGUGGCGCUCUACUUCAUAGACAAGUUGGCUCUGAGAGCAGGUAACGAGAAGGAGGAAGGAGAGACCGCCGACACCGUGGGCUGCUGCUCACUCCGAGUUGAGCACCUCAAACUCUACCCAGAGAAUGACGGUCAAGAGUUUGUGGUGGAGUUUGACUUCCUGGGUAAAGAUUCCAUCCGCUACUACAACAAAGUUCCUGUGGAGAAAAGGGUAUUUAAAAACCUUCAGUUGUUCAUGGAGAACAAGGAGCCCGAUGACGACUUGUUUGAUCGCCUGAAUACUUCGAUUCUCAACAAGCACCUUCAGGAGCUGAUGGACGGUCUGACAGCUAAAGUCUUCCGUACAUACAACGCCUCGAUUACCCUGCAACAGCAGCUAAAAGAGCUCACAAGUGCGGAUGAGAACGUUCCAGCCAAGAUCCUGUCCUACAACAGGGCCAACAGAGCUGUGGCCAUCCUGUGUAACCACCAGAGGGCUCCACCCAAGACGUUUGAGAAGUCCAUGCAGAAUCUGCAGACCAAGAUCGAAGCGAAAAGGGACCAGCUGUCUGAUGCAAAGAGGGAGCUGAAGAGUGCCAAGGCCGACGCCAAAGUACGGAAAGAUGAAAAGUCCAAAAAGGCUGUGGAGACCAAAAAGAAGGCGGUUCAGAGGAUAGAGGAGCAGCUGAUGAAGCUGGAAGUGCAGGCGACCGAUCGUGAAGAGAACAAGCAAAUCGCCCUCGGCACUUCCAAGCUCAACUAUCUCGACCCUCGCAUCUCUGUGGCUUGGUGUAAGAAGUGGGGCAUUCCCGUUGAGAAGAUCUACAACAAAACCCAGCGUGAGAAGUUUGCCUGGGCCAUCGACAUGGCGGAUGAUGACUUUGAAUUUUAAAUCCCAGGUUGUGGUUUUAACUUUUUAUUCGGAUCCUUCUUUUUACUAUAAUGAAUUUUUCUCAAUGGACACAGCUGAUAAGGAAUUUCAGGAGGUUUUAGCAGGGAAAAAAAUGACAAAAGAUGAGAUGGGGCCGCAAUCAAGUGGCAGGUCUAAACAUCCGUUCCGAGAUCAGGCAUCACCGCGGAACUAAACCCACAACUCGGCAUCACGGUCAUAGUGGCAGUAAUUGGAUUACCGACCCCUCCCUCCCACCUUUUCUCCUUCUGGAGACCAUGCCUGAACUUUGAACUCUGUGGUCCUAUUGCUUCUGUAUUAAGCAAAAAAAAAAACAAGAAAAUGCUUUGUAUCAUUGUAUCUUCACUUGCUGUUAUUUUAGCCCCUCAUGUAUUAUUAUUAUUAUUAUUAUUAAUGAAUCUAUAUUUUGAUAGAUACACUUCAAACAAAUCAAUUCCUUAAUACCACCCACAGGCCUUUUGAGGACAAGGACAAAUGUGAGCUUGAUUUGUGUGAGUGUGUAGGAGUGCAUGUGUGUAUGUAUGAGCUCCCCCUCCCCUCCCCCACCAACCAUAAAAGCUGUCUGUUUUGGGGUGCUUUUAUUUUGAAAAUAGCUGAGCAAGUCUGGGAAGUGGGCACGCUUUGGGCGGGGGCUGAGGAACACGGCAACCAUGUCAACAAUUACUUAAGCAAGCAGAAUGUGAAUUCAUGUUUUACAUCAGGGACUUCUUUUUCAGCGUCAAUGUGAACCAAUCAUUUGUAUCCUGUUGGUGGCAAACCCCGCCCCCACCCCCCUGAAGCCGCUGCUUAACCACGCCCUUGUCCCCAUUGAACUUCAUUUGUUCCAAGGAAAAAAAAGUCCCCCUGUUACUUGAAGACAAUGUAUUUAAAUCCGUACGUGGAAAAGUGUUUCUCAUCAGAGAGAAAUGUGUGUGAGGGAUUUCAACUUUGCCAAAAAAAAAAAAAAUCACCAAUCUGUUACAAUUUUAGGUAGUUUUUAAUUGUGUAAAGAAUGCGGAAAAGGCAGUGUAACAUUUUAAUGUGAAUUCAUUUGAUUCCACUCUUACGAUAGGAACGUUGAUGUAAGUAGCUGUAAAGUCAACAUCCUAUUCCUGUUUUACCUUUUAUGUCCUAGCAUUUGAUCAUGUUAAGUUUUAUGCUCAUUGUAGGUUAAGAAAAUGAAUAAAAACCCU